AUGCUAACGUUCCGGGACCCUGCUUCUCGGCUCCGGCGAGCUCUAGCGUGGAGCCUGGCGGGCUCACGGAGAAGAGAGGAAUUCAAUCAUUCAGUAGCUGCGGUAGUUAGCCAGCCCCCUGUAGCCGGUGUGGAGCCACUUAGCAUAGCCUCUGCUAGCAGUCCCCCGGUAACCCCCGUGCAGCCGGGAGGCUGGGUAACUGUCCGGGAGAAGAGUAGUUCCAAGCUGAAGCCCACUGUUCACCACCAGCCUGUUCAUGUUUCUAACCGCUUUUCCCCACUCAGCGACACACCCGCUGAGGAGAAAACUCUGAUCAUUGGCAGCUCUAUUCUGAGGAACGUGAAGUUAGCAACACCAGCGGCCAUAGUCAAAUGUAUCCCUGGGGCCAGAGCGGGCGACAUUGAGUCAAAUUUAAAACUGCUGGCUAAGGCUAAACGUAGAUUUAGUAAGAUCGUUAUUCACGUUGGCGGCAAUGACACCCGGUUACGCCAAUCAGAGGUCACUAAAAUUAAUGUUGCCUCGGUGUGUGAAUAUGCAAAAACCAUGUCGGACUUCGUAGUUUUCUCUGGACCCCUCCCAAAUCUGACCACUGAUGACAUGUUUAGCCGCAUGUCAUCAUUUAAUCGCUGGCUGUCCAGGUGGUGUCCAGCACACAAUGUGGGUUUUGUUAAUCUUUGGCAAACUUUCUGGGGAAAACCUGGUCUUAUUAGGAGAGACGGCAUUCAUCCCACUUUGGAUGGAGCUGCACUCAUCACUAGGAAUCUGGUCAAGUUUAUUAGUAAUUCAAAACCCUGA